GGCGCAAUACGCAGCAACAGCGCUGGCCGAGAGAACAGCGAGAAACGCCGAGGGCGUGCGAGAGGAGCUCAAAAGUUGCCUGAUGUGCCUGGCUGUGCCUGCGCAGCGUGGGGCGAGGCCCGGCGGCGGCUGGGUGCUGCCUUGCGGUGCAGCGUUCGCUAUCUCGCUGCGCCUUCGCACGGCCGGGGCGUACUGCGCUACCAGCAAGCUAGCUGUCAGCUCCGCCUCCUCCUGUUGGCCUCAUCUCUCGAGUCAGACGCCACGAGCUCCUCUUCUCACCACCAUCACCGCCACGAGCCCAAGCCCAUCCGCCUCGUGUGCCUCCAUCCGCUCGCACUCGCACGUCCUCGUCUCUCUCGCACACGCCCACUCCCAGCCGCCAUGUCCGCCGCCGACGCCGAGCCGGCACAGCCGCAGCAGCAGCAGGCCCCGUCGUACCUGCAGCAGGGCGCCAACCUCGUCGCCGCCGGCGCCAGCGGCGCAUACAACGUCGCGGCCAACACGUACGCGGCACUGCCGGCCGUGCUGCCCUCCACGCGGGCGGCACAGGCCGAGGAGACGCAGCAGCAGCUGGACGCGCAGCAGCCGCAGCAGGCGACGCAGGAUGGCGAGUCCGCGGCUAGUGGAGCGGACUGUGGUAGAGAUGCACGCUCGGCCAAGGAGCAGCGCAUCCAUGAGACGGAGCAGUCGGGACCAUCAGACCCCGCACGCCUCAACAAGUCGCAGCAAGAGCUCGGCACCGAGUACGACGUUCCCACCUCUGCCGGCGUAGGCACGACGCUGAGCGCCGACGCCCGCGCUCUGGACGCCGCACGCGCGGCCAAGGGCAACGGCGCCGCCGCCCACGUGCCGGAGGACUACACGGCCGAGCCGACGCCGGGCGACGAGGACCACGCAUGCGCCAUGAUGGCGGGCGACAAGGCGAGCCGCAGCAGCUCCGGCGGCGCGACCUCUGCGUCUGCGUCUGCAGCGAGCGAUGCGACGGCGCCGACGAGCACCGAGGAGCAGCUGAGCGGCGGUGCGGUUCAGAAGCACAAGGUCGGCCUCGGCGCCAAGCUCAAGGGUGCGACGAUCGUCGCGGCCGGCAAGCUGACGCGCAACGAGGAGAAGGUGCAGCACGGCAAGGCCGUCAAGCACGGCGAGGAGUGAGGCGCGAGGGAGAAGCGGGUUCGGCUUUGGGUCUGAGGCGCAGCUCUUGAUAUCCACACUCUUGUCACGCACAUACACGCACUCCAGAGUCUCAGACUA